AUGAGGCGGCGAAAGUCUGUCGAACUGCCGCCGUGGGGCCGGGGUCCUGGGCGGCCCCCGGGCGUCGCGGCCGGCGGCGGGCGGCGGCCUCGGCAUUGCGGCGGCGCGGGCGGCCGCUGUCCUCGCACGACCCCGGCCCGUCCAGAGCGCGCCCCGCUCCGACCCUCGAGGAGGAGGGAGGGGAGCGCGGUUCGGGCGCCCGAGCAAGGUAAGCACCCCUGGGGGACCCUCAGCCCUCGACCGCGCGCCCCGGCCGGCUUUCCGCCGCUCUGGGCUGGCGAGACGACGGGAGGCCGCAGGCCGGCCCCACCGCCCCGGCCUGGUGUUCCCCGCGCGCCUGGGGCCCGACGCCGGAGCCUGGGCCCCCGGAGACCCGCCACCGCGGCGCCCGGCCUGGGCCUGGCCCCGGGACCCUCGGGGGCUCACUCCGGGCCCGGGAGGCCACACGGAGCCCAAGAGAGCACCGGUGACCUGCCCAGGCCGCCCAUGGCGGGGGUCACCCUCCCUCCGAACCACUCCGUGGGCAGGGCCUUACCAGGGUCCCGGCCGGGCGCUCGGCGUCGGCGGGCAGGCGACGCGUCCCGGGCGCCCUCCGAGAGCCCCCCGCCGCCCCCUCAAGCGGUCCCCGUGCGCAGGCGCGGGCCGGAGGAGGCCAGGCCUUUCAGCCUUGGGGGCGCGGGCUCCGGCCCGGACCUGGGUCGCUGCCCUGCCCGGCCACCCGGAAAGGAGAAUGCUAGCAAACCCGAAGGCCGCGCCGUGCCCAGGCCGCGGGACAGCAGCAGUGCGCCCAGGGGCUGCGGGCCGAGCCGGCCUCCGGGCAAGGACGAGGUCGUCGGGCUCCCUCGCCGCGCCGCCUCCGAGAACCAGGACCCGCGCCCGGGCAGCUGCCCCGCCGUGCCCCUGCAGUCAAACAUCAACACCCUGAGUGCUCAGACCCCGCACAGUGGUGCUGCCACCUUGCUGGGCCAGCCGCACCGGCACGCGGGCAGGGCCUCGGGACGGAAACCCUCCAGCGUGUCCUGGCUCCUGUGCUGUGCCCGGCGCUGGCGUUCUUGUUCAGAGAACAAAGGCCCGGAGGCCCCUGCAGAACAGAGAAAGGCUGAAAGCAGUGGCUUUCAAAGCUUGCUGACCGUGGCCAGGGCUGUGGGCUACGCUGCCCUGGGCUGCAGACUGGAGGCUGGGGCCCCAGAGGGGAAUCCAGCGCGGCCCCUGGCCUUGCUUGCAAAGCCUCCACCUGGAGCAGGAGACAGUCCUGGCAAAAGACGGCAGCGAUCUUGCAGUAUAACCGAAUGGGCCGUGCGCUGUGCUGGGGAGGGAAUCAGAGAAGGCUUCCUGGAGGAGGCGACUCCCGAGGACCAAGUAGAAAUUAACCAGAAAACAAAUGGGGGAUGA